AUGAAAAUUAAUUUUCGUCGUUAUUUAUUAAUGCUCUCAAUUGUUUUAUUUGUGACAGUAUUUUAUAUAUUGGAUAUAUUUUUCUUCUUUAUUCCAUACUCUUCUGGGGGUAUAAAAUAUUUUGAUAAUUUUAACAAAACAUUGCCGUUUGUACAAUUUGGUAGAGUGGAAAAUAUAACAUUUUUGAAAAUUUCACUAAUCGUUUUAAUGGAAAUAUUUGCAACUUUAAUAGUAUUCUUCUGUGGAUUCAGAAUGGUUAGAUAUGUCGAUUUAAAUGCUAAUUUUGAUCAAGAGUUGAAACGAUUGAAUAAACUUUUGACAAAAGUUUUGAUUAUUUUGGUAAUUAUAUUUUAA